CUCUCUCCACUCCCCCCUCCUCCUCUCGCCGCCCGUGGAUCUCGGUGCGAAUCUGCGCCGAUUCCUCACGAGGGGGGAUUUGAUUUCCCCCACGGGUUCGCGUCUCCUUCCACCGCGGAUUGUGUCCGAACCGCCCGUGUGUUGUGUGUUUCGGUGGUUUCUUAAGCGAUUCGGCGUCUGCUUGGCUGAGGGACGCAGUGUUGGAUUGCGAGGCGGAUUCCUGGUCUGAAACUUUAUAUAGUUAGAUGCGAUGAUGCCUUGUACGCGGUAGAGAGCAUAUGGCGUACCUGCAUUGAACGUCCCGGAGGUCAGGCAAAUUUCUUCCAGAUCUGCCUCGAUUAGGCAUCUCUCAGUGUCAACUAAUAAAGUAUCAGUAAUCAACAUUAGCAGACAUCCAUUGAAUAUGGUAUCAGUGAAUCUUGGGUUGGUACAUUAUGUUUUGGACCACAUAUAUGGGACUGUCCUUCAUCGCACGAAAUUAGGGACACCGUUUUUCUCAAAAGGAUGGGGAGGUACCAGACUUGUUUUGUUAGAGAGGAUGGUCAAGCAGCUAUUCCCAGAAGCACCUAGUCAAAACUGGCCACCAACUGCGGUGCAGCCCAUAUGGAAAACAGUUUGGGAGACAAAGAAUUCUUCUCUACGAGAGGGUGUUUUCAGGACCACAUGUGAUGAGCGACUAAUCGACGCAUUGCCUCCUGAGAGUCACAAUGCAAGAGUUGCUUUUCUUACACCCAAGUCUGUCUCGCCAGAGAAGAUGGCGUGCGUGGUCCAUCUGGCAGGCACUGGUGAUCACUCAUUUGAGAGAAGGUUGCGGCUUGGUGCACCUCUUUUGAAGGACAACAUUGCAACUAUGGUUCUUGAGAGCCCAUAUUAUGGACAACGACGUCCUAGCAUGCAGCAUGGGUCAAAGCUUCAAUGUGUGAGUGAUUUGCUACUCUUAGGAAAAGCCACUAUCGAUGAAGCUCGCAGUCUAUUGUACUGGUUGCAGUCUGAGGCUGGUUAUGGCAAGAUGGGCAUAUGCGGCCUCAGCAUGGGUGGCGUACAUGCUGCAAUGGUUGGAUCCUUGCAUCCUACACCAAUUGCCACACUACCAUUUCUUGCUCCACAUUCUGCUGUGGUACCUUUUUGUGAAGGACUUUACAGGCAUGCCACUGCUUGGGAUGCAUUGAUGGAAGAUGCAGCAGCAUUAGCUCAAGAUGCAACUUCUUUGACAGAAGAUGCGGCACAGAAAUCUGGAAUCACUAUUGAGCAAGUAAAAGACAGGUUACGGUCGGUGCUCUCUCUGACUGACGUCACUCGAUUUCCAGUACCAAAGAAACCACAGGCUGUCAUUUUUGUUGGUGCAACGGACGACGGUUACAUCCCCAGACACUCCGUCAUGCAGCUCCAGAAGGCAUGGCCGGGCUCAGAGGUCCGGUGGGUAACAGGAGGCCACGUGUCCUCUUUUUUACUCCACAAUGACUCGUUUCGCAAGGCCAUCGUCGACGGCCUUGACAGGUUAUAGCGGCAGUGGAGGCUGCUCAUCCCUGUUUCUUUGUGAUUCUUGUGUACCCAGGAGGGAUAUUACACCAGUUGAACUCCGUGAGCUCAUGACGCAUGCAUCUCUUGUUCAUAUUUUUUUUAAAGAGAGCUGAGAAAUGGCACAUUAAUUAGUUGUUGUAACUUAAUUAAUAUGUUUCCCUCAGGUUGGGACAAUGGUUGUAGAUCACAAUUGUAACAUGUAACAGCAAUACAGUGUGUCCUGUUGAUUCUUUUAACUGGCAAUAAGAUCAUUCACAAAGCCAA